UGCUGCACCCAUCGCCAUGCCCGCCACUUCACUCUCGGUCAAUGCGCGGGCUUGCUGUGGCGCCAUUGUCACAUAGCUAGGCUGCUAGCUGCUGCUUCUUUCUUGGAGGGCAGAGCGUGCAGGCGCGAGGGGUUUAAAUGGCGGGGGUGCAGAGCGUGCAGGCGCUGGCGGCGACGACGCUGGCCGCGCUCCCGCCGGAGUUCGUGCGGUCCGAGGGCGAGCGGCCCGGGGCGACCACGUUCCGCGGGAGCGACGCGCCGGAGAUCCCGGUGAUCGACAUGGCGGCGCCCCGCUGCGGCGCGCGCGUGGCGGAGGCCGCGGCCGAGUGGGGGCUCUUCCAGGUGGUGAACCACGGCGUGCCCGCCGCGGCGAUGGCGGAGCUGCAGCGCGUGGGGCGCGAGUUCUUCGCGCUGCCGCAGGAGGAGAAGGCGCGGUACGCCAUGGACGCGUCGUCCGGCAAGAUCGAGGGAUACGGCUCCAAACUGCAGAAGGAUCUGGAGGGCAAGAAGACGUGGGUCGACUUCUUCUUCCACAAUCUCGCGCCGCCGGCCAUGGUCAACCACGACAUCUGGCCCAAGCACCCCGCCGGCUACAGGGAGGCGAACGACGAGUACUGCAGGCACAUGCAGCGGCUGACGCGCGAGCUGUUCGAGCACCUGUCGACGGCGCUGGGCCUGCACGGCGGCGCCAUGUGGGAGGCGUUCGGCGGCGACGACCUGGUGUUCCUCCAGAAGAUCAACUUCUACCCGCCGUGCCCGGAGCCGGAGCUCACCCUCGGCGUCCCGCCGCACACCGACAUGAGCACGCUCACCGUCCUCGUCCCCAACGACGUCCAGGGCCUCCAGGUCUGCAAGGACGGCCACUGGCACGACGCCAAGUACAUCCCCGACGCCCUCAUCAUCCACAUCGGCGACCAGAUCGAGAUUCUGAGCAACGGGAGGUACAAGGCGGUGCUGCACCGGACGAAGGUGAACAAGGAGAAGACGCGGAUGUCGUGGCCGGUGUUCGUCGAGCCGCCGCCGGAGCACGUCGUCGGGCCGCACCCGCAGUUCAUCACCGACGGGAGUCCGGCCAAGUACAAGACCAAGAAGUACAAGGAGUACCGGCACUGCAAGAUCAAUAAGCUCCCUAUGUAAAACUAGAGGAAUUAUACUGUUUCUAAAUAUCUUUGGAUCUAAAACGAAGAGAAUAAUUAGCAUCCGGAGCAUAAGUUUUUACUUAAAAAAAGAAAUCUCAGGAUGCUUCUCGAUCCUCAAAAAACUCAAAUACUUAGUAGCUGGACCUGGGCACUUGGGCCAUGGAGACGAUGCUACCCUGCUCGUGCUGUAUUCACAGAUAACGAAGAAGGUUCCUCUCCGGUGCAUCUA